UUAAGGGUUUAACCUCUAUUUAAAAUAUUUAAAAUUACAACGCUUGUAUGAGUAUCAGAAGACCAUAUGCUUUUAAGUCAUUACUAACCCGAAUGUCUAGUAUUCCAGUCACAUUACCUUUUCCAUCCAACACACUUUAAAUUCCGAGUAAAGAUGAUCUGGAGUGUAGUAGUACCAACGUUAUUGCUAUUGCCACUGGCUUCCGGCUACAACUACUGCAACAACAAGACCCAUAGGUGCGUCCUGGAGGGCAAGGAGCACUUCAUGUGCCGACUUGACAAGUUUCGUCCCCUGGGUGAAACCACCAGGUUUUACGCCGUCGUUCCGGACCUUCCGCACCUGCAAGAUAAAGUACUGAGAAUACUGAACCGACUCCGCAACUCGUUCGCAGGCGGGGAGCUAGCCACGCACAACAACAAGACUUUCGCGAAAGCCAAGCGGAUGCGCAAGGUGAUCUGGGACAAGGAACUGGCCUACAUGGCCCGCACCCAUGCGUCCACCGUGUCCUUCCAGCACUCCGAGUGCCGCUCCACCCAGCGAUUCGCCCACGUGGGCGAGUGCCUGGCCAUGAUGACCCCAAGCCAGAAGCCCAAGAUCAACGAUAUGUUCGAAAGGAUGUUUCAAAUGAUGUUUGAAGAGUACUUGCAGGUCGAGGACCCGGAGGGCCUACUCGAAGGCUUCGACCCCCUCAGGGACUACCACUGGGGCCAUUUCACUACCAUCAUCAGCGAUCGAGUCUCGCGCGUGGGAUGUGGCCUUGCCGUGGGUUCCAACUGCCACAAGGGGUCAGUCCGCAACUUCUGCCACUUUCUGACCUGCCACUUCGACUUCACUAACUUGAAUGGAUCGUAUAUCUAUAGGGCUGGAGAACCAGCCACUGGCUGUGAUGACUGGCACACUACGGGCAGCAAUAAGUAUGCCAAUCUGUGCAGAAACAAAGGCGGCAUUUACGACCAGGAUCAAGGCGACACUUUAUAAGGAUUUUAUCCUCUACAUAGUGUACUACAAAAUCACAACGAUUGUAAAUUCACAAUUCCUUUUUCAUCCCACACACUUUAAAUUCCAAGUAAAGAUGAUCUGGAGUGUAGUUGUACCAG